AUGGUCAACGCUCGUAGCUUCCUGCUCGCCGCGGCCGUCACCACCGUCGCCGUCGCCGCGCCGCUCGAGCAGCCUCGCGCCGCCGGCUGCGCGUCCGGGGUGUACAUGAUCGUCGCGCGCGGCUCCGGCGAGCCCGUCGGCCAGGGCAAGCCCGGAAAUGUCGCCGCCCUGGUGGCCCAGCGCGUGCCCGGCUCGGCCAGCGUCGCCGUCGACUACCCGGCGUCCAUCCUGAAGCGCGACGAGGAGCUGGAGGGGCGCAACGUCGAGCCCCGCGUGCUGUACCCGGUGUCCGUCUCGGACGGCAUCACUGACACCAAGAAGAAGGUCCAGGACUACGUCGCCAAGUGCGGCAACGCGAGCAAGAUUGCGCUCAUCGGCUUCAGCCAGGGCGGCAACGUCAUAACCGAUAUGCUCGUCGGCGGCGUCCUCAAGCCCGCGCCGAUCGACGACAAGUACCUCAAGAACAUCAUCGCCGUCACCGUCUUCGGCGACCCGACGUUCGCGCCGAACCAGACGUAUGACCGCGGCUCCAACGCGCACGGCCAGCACGGCGGCCUCUUCUCGCGCAGCGGCAACGCCGGCGAGAUCGCCAAGCUCAACGCCAUGGCCGACAAGCUGGCCAGCUACUGCGACACCGACGACAUCGUCUGCGCGGGCGGCUCGAGCACCGCCGUGCACAGCGCCGAGGUCGACACGCACGCGCAGGACGCGGCCGACUUUAUCGUGGCCCGCGCCAAGAAGUAA